CAUUAAGGCGACACCGGCUGUCCUGCUUGUGGGAGUACACUGAAUUUUAUUUGCACUGCAUCAUAGUCUGAUCUGUUACAAUGAAAAAGUGUGAGGGUUCUAGGUCUCGCUCCCGCUCUCGUUCUCACUCUCCGUCCUACAGAAACUAUCCAACCAGGGACUAUCAGAACAACAGAGGUGGUUUCAGAGGCUACAACCGAGGCUACCGGAGGCCCUUCCACUACCGCGGCAGAAACCGAGGCUAUUACCAGCGCGGCCAUUACCAGAACAGGGGAGGAGGUGGCGGCUAUGGCUAUAAGAACAAUUGGCAGGGUGGCGGUGGAGGAUGGCACGACCGUCACCAUGACCAGGACCACCACUCACACAGCCCCAGGAGGGGGCGCUCACGAUCCCGCACACCCAAGAAGCGAUCUGGCAGCCGAAGCCGUUCCCGCUUCUCUGACCGCUCCUCUUCAGGUAAAUCCCGACACUCCAGGCGCUCCAGCUACUCCUCACGAUCCCGGUCCUCAUCACCACGUCGUCGCAGCAGCAAAGGCAAGCCCGGUUCCAAGGACGGUAAAGACAAGCUAGUAGAAAGUCAAGUAGAGAAAUCGGGUCAGGCAGCAGACGGCAGCGCCAUCGAGAAGGCAUCCGGAGGUAAAUGGAUUGACUAUGACGCCAGCCCCAAACGAGCCAGCCCAGACAGUAAGAAAGAGGAUGUUUCCACUAGUCCUGAGGGUAAAGGGCCCGGAAGCGGCGGCCCUCUGUGGAAAACCAUCGGCAGCGUGUCCCCUCCGCCAAAAAGCCCCACAAAGUCGGGACAAACCGCCUCCUUCAGCGGCUUUGGGUUCUUCUCAAAGGAAGAUCUCAAAGCUGGAGAUAAGACUGUGAUCUCUGCCGCCUUCAAAAAGUUCUUGGCUGAGAAUAAAAACAAAAAGCAGGCUGCUGAAAAGGAGAACGGACGCGAUAAGGACCAGAGCACCACAGACAGAGAGCUAGAGAAAGGAAGCAAGUCCGGAGACCUUUUCAACAUCUCGUCCACAUCUUACAGCGACUCCAAGGAAGACAAGACCAUGCCUUUCUUCGAUGCUGGAGAAGAGGAGUUCCUCAAGUCUCACGGGCUGAAAGACAGGGACAUUGAGGAGGAGGGAGAGGUCAAACCCACCCUCACAGCUCGGGACAUUUUCGGUAAAUGGGGAGAUGAGCCAAGCUAUUCGACGUCCUACCCGUCAGUCAAAGAGAAGAGCCGGAGAGAAGAGCCAGAGCCCUUAGAUCACAUGGAGGAGGAGUUGUACCGAAGCCGCAAGCACAGCUCCAAGAAAGAGGAGAAGUCCAAGAAGAAGGAGAAGAAAGAGAAGUCCAGAAGGAGUCCGUCCCCUCCCAUAAUCCCCAGAGAGAAGGAGCGGCCGCUGUUCCCUGGAGCUUUCCCUCCUCGCGAGGAGUCACCUGUACGACACAUGUCUGCAACAAGGGAGGAAUUUGACCUCAAAAUCGGUUCUUUAGAUGAAUUGCCCAGCUCUUCCCUGUCUAAAGAUCGCGAUCGCCUCCUGCCCCGAGAUCUGCUCAAUAAGAAAGAUCCAGAGUUUCGUUCCAUUUUCCAGCACAUUCAGUCAGCACAGCUCCGCCGCAGCCCCUCUGAGCUGUUUGCUCAGCACAUAGUCUCAAUUGUGCACUACAUCAAAGCUCAACACUUCAAAUCCUCAGACAUGACUUUGAGUGAGCGGUUUGCCAUGUACCAAAGAAAAGCUGCAGAGGUAGAAAUGAUGAAGCCAAGGAAGAGCCCAGAAAUCCACAGGAGAAUCGAUGUUUCCCCCAGUGCCUUUAAGAGGCACUCUCACCUGUUUGAGGAUAUGGAGGAGACGAGCUACAAGGAUCCAAGUCAAAAGUUCAAAGGCGACGUGAUGGACCUUCGCCUGGAUAUUGAAAGGCGUAAGAGGUUCGCUGGGAAGGACUACAAGCGUGAAGGGGGAAGGAGCCCUGGUGGCUCCCGAGGACCGAGCAGAGAGAGGUCCUCUGAGAAAUCUGGGAAACACCACAAGAAAUCCAAGAAGGGUAAAAAGAAGCGGGAUCGCUCUCCGUCCUCCUCUUCCUCUUCCUCCUCUCCAUCCCCGUAUCCUCCACCUUUCAAAGGUAAAGAGUACAUGGGAGAGGGGAUGGAGCACUCGGAGGAGGGCUACAGUCACUCACGUUAUCCUCCACGGGACUACAGUGGGCCCGCAGACAGAGCCCCUCGAGAUUACGAGGGCCACAACGCAGAGAGGGGCCGGGGCCGUGGAUUUUUCCCCAGAGUGAGAGGGAGAGGUUGGAACAGGGGAAAUUAUCCAGGCAACAGCAGUAAUGGAAACCCUGCCAAUAUGAAUCCUCCAGUGCGCCCCCCGGAGGAGGAGUGGGACCCUGAAUACACUCCCAAGAGCAGGAAGUAUUACCUGCAUGACGAUCGCGACGGAGAGAAAACCUGGGUAGACAACCGCGGAAGAGGCCGGGGCGCCUUCCCAGCUCGCCGGGGACGCUUCGUCUACCGAAAGGGAGGCAGCAGCCCGAAGUGGACCCACGACAUGUUCCAGGGGGGAGAAGAGGGGUCGCUGGGAGACGACAACCUAGAAGUAGACCGUAAGGAAACCAAGAACGCCGGAGACGGCAGCACCCCGAAGCAGUAGACGUCUGACUCCAUCACCCUACACGUUGACGAGCGUCUCACGGACGGUUACAGUGACGAUGAAGGGGUUAUUCUUUAUUUUCCCCUCUACGUCAUCCCAUCGUUUAAUGGUUAAAAUGUUCAGUGAGUUUGAGCCUUCUCACAGUUAAAGUGAAGAAAGAACUGACUCGAAAGAAGAGCAGCACUCUGUUACUUUUGUAUGUGAGGUUUCAGCUUAAUUUCAGAGUUUUUGUUUCGCAACUGGUCGAUUUAAUUGUAUCUUUUAGGGGAGAAAUUACUGAGGCAACAAAGUUCAACAUUCUCUGUAAAGGUGGAGAAAAUAAGAAAUGCAUUUGUGCCUUAGAAAAUAACAAUAAUACAGUGAUGUGUUUGAAGGUACAGCCCCGGUUAUGAGAGGUGCAGCUCUGUACCUGUUUAUAAGCGUAGGAAGACAUUAGAUGAUGUCCAUUUCAUUGUUUAUGUUUUUCUGUUUGUGUUUUGGGGGCUGUGCUAAACCGUUGAUGUUACUGCAUGAAACGUUGGAUUCAUACCUUGCUCCACGGGACCAAUCAGUAGCGGGCUCAGGGCUCCUGAUCGUCUGGAUUAUCUCUCACGAGAAGUUACUAUCUGUUUUGAACCCCUGAACGAUUGGUGUUUGUCACUUAUAUUAUCCGAGCUUUUUCAUAUAGUGCCACUUCACCUGUACUUCUCAUUAGGAGGUAAAAAGACAGUUUUAUGUGUGUGGGCUACAGUAUAUUCUCAUUCAUUGUGGGUGUUUUUCAGUUUAAAAAAACAACAAGUGUGAAUUGGCACCGAAAUCGCCUGAUUUUCUUUAAACGGUUUAAACACAUGUAGGUUUUUCUUCCUCUGUCAUAUCAAUUUAGGUAAGUGGCUAAAUUUUUGUUGAGAUUUUUAAUAAAAAAAAAAAAAAGGAUAGUUAUUACGAAAGGUUAAUAUGUGAAUAGAAUUAUUAGACCUAAAUUAUUGUAAUCUUAACAUCUGGGGAGGAGAGGGGAGGGAACACAAACAACAUGGUUCUUUUUUUAAAACAGUCGCAGUAAUCGUCUCUCAAAAACAAUCUGUCGGAGAAAAAGUGAAGCGAAACCUGAGAAUUUGUGACGAAACAUUUUGUCAAAGGCAAAGAUGAAAUUGUUUUAUUUUAAAGAGGAGUCGACACAAACUAGUUUUGUGUGUCUCACUGCUGCUUUGUCCCACUUUGGACUGUACAUACUGCAUGUACUAAACUGAACUGUAGGACUGUCCUUUCUUUUUGUUUAAUCUGAAGCUGAAAACUUUUUUACUGUUCUCAAGAGCUUUGAAGUACUUGUCUCUUUCAUUUUCAAUAGGUUUCUUUUUCCUUUGAUUCAGGGCAAUUCUGUGAGUGUGUUUUUAUUUUUGAGACCUACAAAUGAGCAGGCUGUAGAAACCCAGCCCACUGUGUUCAAUGGUUUGUGAUUUACUUCAUUGUUUGGGGUCUGACGUACCCCGCUGCAGUCUGUGUACAAAUAUGAAUAGUUGCAAAAUCAAACAACUUUUUUUCCUCCUUCUGAUCUUAUUAAAAACCCAAUAUGUAUAAAAGUA